AUGCCAGCCCAAACAACAUGCCCAAUACCCGAAGUCGACCGCGCACUGUCGUCAUACAUCAACAGCCGGGAAGACACAUUGAGGAUCCGACGAACGCUCUCGAAGUACCUCACAUCAAGCCUGAGGCCUGUCAAUACAGCAACUCAGAACCAGCAUCUGAAUCAUGAAUGUCCGCAGAACCUCUCCGCAGCCAAUACCAACCCUCCAGGCUUGAAGGACGUUCGUCUGGAAUAUUUGCAGGCUCUUCGGGCUAGAUCACAAGCGCAAGCCAGACAUCGUGAACUCCAGGCAUCGUUGGAAGAUUUACGCAAUCGUUAUGUGGACGAGAACCCGACGCAGCCAGAGUCAGAAUACGACAAUGAGGUUACUCGAGGCUACGUCUCUUUAUUGCGACAGCGCAGACGAUUUGCAGAGCUUCAAGUCAUUCAAGAGUCUCUAGACAAGCUUCUGACCGCAAAGCCUCUGACUGUUGCAGCUGACCCUAGGGCUUCCAUCAAGAGCGCCAUUGGUGAGCAACCAGAUUUACCUGCCGAGAGGUUCGAGCAGCUAGCACAGGCUGAAGAAGACCAGACAUGGGUCUUCAAGCUGAAGCAGGAGGUUCUUGAGGCGCGAACAGCUAUGGAGCGUGCCCAAGCUGCAAGGAAGAAGGCCCAGGACGAGCUUCAGGUUGAGCCAAGCUUGCAGGUGCAAGUUCAUGCACUCGAGCGAGCGAGAGAUGAACUCAUCGACUGGGUUCAAGGAGAGCUGGCUAAGAUGGAGGAAAACAGUGUCUUCCUCGAGGACGCCUCGCCCAUCAAGCGCUCAGUGAACGCCGUAGCACCCGUCGAUCUUGCAUCGGCAGAAUCGCAGAUACGGGAAUCAUACAACAAGUACAUCGAAGCUCGUGCUGGCUUACUUGAAGCUCAUGCAAGCCUUCAGCAGCCAUUGGACGUACAGACUGAGAACCAGAAUGGCGGUCAAUCCAUCCCCUCCGAAGACAGCAACGCCACAACGACGAAGCCUGUUCGACCGAUUACCAAGCUCUUGCCCUGUCUCCCACAACUUGCAAAAAUAGCCAAUAAUGAGCGAUCUCUACUCCAACAAUCUGUAUACCUCCAAAAUCAGAUGGCAUCCGCAAACCAGGACAUGGAGGAAGCGCUUCUCCGGCUCUCUGGCGAAAGCCAUCUAUUACCCGCUGGCUCCAAGGAUGUAGCGAUAUGGGGAAAGAUGGCGCGAGAAGCGGAGGUGGCUACGGAAGAAUUUGUGAAAGAGCGCCUACAGGCUAGCCGGCAAGAAGUGGGAAGUGUGAGCACGAUUGUGGAACUUUGCUCACUGCAGAAUCGCUUUCCCAAGCUCAUUCUCAAUGGCGUUACUGAGGCGGCGGAAUGGACGUCCAUUCGGCAAACCAAGAACUAUCAAACUAAUUCGGGUGUUACCUCCGUUACUAGCCCUGAUAUGCGCUGCUUCCAGAAUCGCCCUGGGACAGGUACUGCAACUGUGACUGCCGGCGAUACGUUAGGCUUCGUUGCCGCAGCUUCCAUCUCGCACUUCGGACCGGUGCAGUUCUACAUGGCAAAAGUACCCAAUAGUGCGGAUAUCAAUACGUGGGAGGCAGCGGGGAACGUAUGGUUCAAGGCAGCGAGUAUAAGCGCAGUGGGGAGUCCGUUGACUAGUGGGGAGAGCACAUGGCCCGCAUAUCAGAAAUCGCAAAUUGAGUUCCAGAUUCCAAAGAACGUGCCGAGCGGCAAGUAUCUUGUUCGUAUAGAGUCAAUCGCACUCCACCAAGCUUCUUCGGUCGGUGGUGCGCAAAUGUAUCUUUCGUGCGCACAGGUAGAGGUUAUUGGUGGUGGAAGUGGUAAGCCUGGACCUUUGGUAGCGUUUCCGGGUGCAUAUAACGCCAACGAUCCUGGUCUGAGGUGGUCGUACUAUCCGAUCGCGACGAGUUAUACUGCUCCGGGACCUGCUGUGUGGAAUGGCAACUGA